CCAUUCAACACAACUCUCUGAAGAAAAAAAAAUACUAAAUUGGACGAAACCAGCUAUUGCCUCGGCGGCAGAUCGCCGGCCGGCGACUUGCACCAUUUUUCUAAUCGCUCCGUCGGAGGUCACGCCCGCACGCCCAGCCCCCCAGAUCUCGAAUUGAUUAUUGCGGUGAUGGGCCGCCACAUUCUCGUCCCCACGGCGAGGAGGAUGGUGUAGGCGUAGGCGUAGGAGGAGGAUAAGAGCGCCGGCAGGCACAGGGGGGAGGCGGAGGAGGAGGAGGGAUGGAGGGGCAAAAGCACCACGCCGACAGCCAGAAGCACAAUCGAAGGAAAACGUCGACCAAGAUGGGCUCCGGCGGAGACCAGGCCAGUCCGCCGGGCGCCAAGGCGGGCGCCGGCGGGGACCAGGCCAAUCAGCCAGGCGCCAAGGCGGGCGCCGGCGGGGACUUUCCCAAUCUACCAUGCCCCCCCAAGCCGGGCACCAGCGGCGACCAAGCCACCUCGCCAGGUGCCAAGUUGCGCGCCGGCGACCAAGCCAGCCCGUCAAGUACCAAGAUGCGCGCCGGCGACCAAGCCAGCCCGCCAAGUACCAAGUUUCGCGCCGGCGACCAAGCCAGCCCGCCAAGUACCAAGUUUCGCGCCGGCGACCAAGCCAGCCCGCCAAGUACCAAGUUUCGCGCCGGCGACCAAGCCAGCCCGCCAAGUACCAAGAUGCGCGCCGGCGACCAGGCCAAUCAGCCAGGGCAAAUUGCUACGACGGACAGAUUAGAUCGUCUUUUAAGUCAACCAGCAAACAAAUGUUGUGCCGACUGUGGUGCUCCAGAUCCAAAAUGGGUAUCAUUAACUUUUGGCGCGUUCAUCUGUAUCAAGUGUUCUGGAGCUCAUAGAAGCCUCGGGGUGCACAUUUCUAAGAUAGUCUCAGUGAAGCUAGAUGAAUGGACAGAUGAACAAGUUGAUUUUUUGACCGAUUUGGGUGGAAAUGGUGCAGUAAACAGUACAUAUGAGGCAUUUCUUGGCAAUUACACAAAGCCAAGGCAAGAUUGCUCAGCGGAUGACCGAAAUGAUUUUAUAAGGAGAAAAUAUGAGUUUCAACAGUUUUUGUCUAACCAACAGCUUUCAUGCUCUUCACAAAACAAUGGCAAACAUUGUUACCAGCAGCAGCAUGGUAGCUCAAAUCGACAUGGUUUAGGCCAUGCUUUCAGGAACAGCUGGAGGAGAAAAGAAGACAAAUCAGUAAAGAAACCUGCAGCUGUGGAGGUUGGUAUGGUAGAGUUUGUUGGAUUGAUUAAGGUCAAUAUCAUAAGAGGCACAAAUCUAGCUAUUCGUGAUGUGAUGUCAAGCGACCCUUAUGUUAUCCUAAACCUAGGACACCAGUCGAUGAAAACGAAGGUGAUAAAGAGCAGCCUGAAUCCUGUAUGGAAUGGAAGACUUCUGCUAUCGAUACCCGAUCCGGUUCCACUGCUAAAAGUGCAAGUCUAUGACAAGGACACAUUCACCACCGACGACCGAAUGGGGGAGGCUGAGAUAAACAUUCAACCACUAGUUGCUGCAGCCAGAGCCUAUGAAACCAAGUCCAUCACCGACAAUGCCGAGCUCAAAAAUUGGAUGGCGAAAGACGGCAUCUGGAUCCCAAGGGACAGUGCCAUCACCAUCAUCGACAACAAGGUUAAGCAGGAGGUGACUGUCAGGCUUCAGAACGUCGAGCGUGGCCACCUCGAGAUGGAGCUCGAGUGCGUCCCGCUCACGCAAUAGCUGUGUUGCGCCCGGAAUUGUGUCGCCCUAGCAUGUUGUUGUCAACAUGGUCACAUGAAGAAUUUCUUUACAGAACACCUGAGACUUGCUUGUGUGAUCAAUGUGAGUACCUAGGAUCCCAAUCAUACGUUCAAGGCUUUUCUGUAAAAGAUAUAUACUAUGUAAAGUUAGAAGGAAGAGACAUAAUGUGACCUGUAAUUUGUCCAGUAAAGUGGAGGUCAUUCUAGCA